AUGGCUGGGGAAAUAGUUUAUGCUGAUCUCAAGACCCCCUCUGAACCUCACGCCUCAAGCCCACUUCAUCCAACUCGGCAGCUCAAUGCACCCCAAAAUCCCCGCUGGCAGCAGAUCAUGCUAUGGGUCGCAUGCUUUGGGAUUGUCAUCCUGGUGGCUGUUGUGAUCGCCCUGGUGUUGCAGUUGGAGGCUGAGAAAAGGAAAAUUGGGGUUGGCUCUUGUCCAGUGAAAAGCAAUUGCUCAUCAGACAAUGUCCAGUCUUUUCUACGAAGCCGUUUCUGCAAUCAAAGCCAAGGCAACUCUUUAGUGAAUUCCACUUGCCAAAUCUGCCCUCCACACUGGCACCACCACCAGGACAAAUGCUACUGGCUAUCAAAGGCUUUUAAAUCCUGGAACGAGUCCCAACAUGACUGCUCAGAGAAGGGGGCUCAGCUGGCGGUGAUCCAAGACAAGGAGGAGAUGCCAUGUGUGGGAAUGUUUGCGGGGCUUCCUAGUGACGCGUGGGACUUGCUAUGCCUGCAACUUCCCACUGCGCUGUGCCUUUCUCCGAUGCCUGUCUCCAUCGCUCCAUAUUUAUAUGGCUGGUUCCAAGAACCACCGAGCUCUGCUGGAGAUGAAAACUGCGGAGGAAUAAAGAACAAAAAACCCAAAUUUGAUGUCUGCUCUGCUGUAUAUAGGUGGAUUUGCCAGAAACAUCCCAUUUUGUUAUGA